CGAUGGUUUGUCACAUCUCUUACACGGCAUAUAAAUGCAGAAGAAUACAGAAUAAAUUAUAAACUCUUAUGUGCGAAAUUAUUAUAAUUACUUUACUACCGGAAUCUCAAACAAGACAAUAUGGCCUUAAAUGGAUUUUUAGAGUUUUUUCAAAAGGGCAAGACUUUUAAGCCAAAGAAGUCAUUUGCGUCGGGAACGAUAAGAUAUUCUCUACAUAAGCAGGCUCAGGCCAGUCUGCAAUCUGGGAUUAAUCUUCGGCAAGUAGUGCGUCUGCCGCAAGGUGAGAAUUUGAACGACUGGCUAGCUGUGCAUGUUGUGGACUUCUUUAAUCGCAUAAAUCUCAUUUAUGGUACAGUUUCUGAGUUUUGCAACGAAACAACCUGCCCUACAAUGUCCGGGGGCUCGCGGUAUGAAUAUUUGUGGGCUGAUGGAGAUCUAUACAAAAAGCCAACAGCCCUCUCAGCCCAGAAAUAUAUUGAACAUUUAAUGGACUGGAUUGAGACACAAAUUAAUAAUGAAUCUGUUUUUCCCGUCUCCACUGAUGUUCCUUUUCCAAAAAACUUCUCAGCUAUAAGUCGUAAAAUCUUAACCCGACUGUUUCGUGUUUUUGUCCACGUCUAUAUACACCACUUUGACAGGAUUGUGAGCAUUAGCGCUGAAGCUCACGUAAAUGCCUGCUAUAAACAUUUUUACUACUUUGUGCAAGAAUUCGACAUGAUAUCGGCCAAGGAAUUGGAGCCUUUACAAGAAAUGACAUCUAGAAUUUGCAAAGACAAGGAUAUGUAGUUUGUGAUGUAAAUAUUUAUUGUUUAUUAAAAAUAUUUUUUUUAGAAUUAAGCAAA